UAGUCUUCGAUGAAGUUGGGUGAAUGUCCAUGAACUUAUAACUGUUGUUUUGAUUAACUGUGGUCUAAAUUAUAGUCUGCUUGUGCACGGUGAUGAGUUAGUUUGCAUCCGUGGGCUGCGGAGCUGUGACAUUAUUGUUUUUAUUACAUAUUUGGCUUUCCCCGCAGCUUUAAUGAAGGCAAGCAGCAGAGUUAUGGUGCAGGUGCUGUUGUUGGCAUUGCUGGCUCAGGUCACUCUGUGCCAGCACUGGUCCUAUGGAUGGCUACCAGGUGGAAAGAGAAGCGUGGGAGAGCUCGAGGCAACCAUCAGGAUGAUGGGCACGGGAGGAGUGGUGUCACUUCCUGAAGAGGCGAGUGCCCAAACCCAGGAGAGGCUUAGGCCGUACAAUAUUAAUGAUGGCUCCAGGCAUUUUGACAGAAACAAAAGAUUCCUGAAUAAAUAAAGGAGCAUCAAAAAGAAGACAAACUGUAUUACAAUCAACGCCAUGGACUGUCUACUCUGACUUCAGAUUUUUUCUUGUUUUCAACACAUAAACUACAUGUCUUUAAUGUCAUUAUAAAUCAGUUAUAAUAAACGUUUGAA